CAGUUCAUUUUUGCAACCCUCAGCGUCGACUGCAUCAACCGGUCCGCCCAGCGACAGAUCAGCCGUAUCCGGCAGCUGUUCCUGAAGGCGGUCCUCCGCCAAGACAUGACCUGGUACGAUCUCAACAGUGACGACAGCUUUGCGGUGCGCAUCACGGACGAUCUGGACAAACUGAAGGAAGGCAUCGGCGAGAAGCUGUCCAUCUUCACGUACCUGGUGAUGUCGUUCGUUAUUUCUGUGAUAUUUUCGUUCUUCUACGGCUGGAAGCUAACGCUCGUGAUUCUCAGCUGCGCUCCAAUCAUCAUCCUGGCGACGGCCUUCGUGGCCAAGAUGCAAAGCACACUGACGGAGAAGGAACUGAAAGCGUACUCGUCGGCCGGUGCCGUGGCCGAGGAAGUGUUGGGCAGCAUCCGGACGGUGGUGGCUUUCGGGGGCGAGCGAAAGGAGCAGGACCGGUACCGGGAGCGGUUGGCCAGUGCCGAGCAUAACGGGCGCCGGAAGGGCCUCUUCUCCGGCAUCGGCGGGGGCAUCAUGUGGUUCAUCAUUUACUGCUGCUACGCGCUCGCCUUCUGGUACGGCAUCAGCCUGAUUCUGGACGAUCGGGGCAAAGACAUCAAGGACUACACACCGGCGGUGCUGAUCAUCGUGCUGUUCGGAGUGCUGGCCGGGGCACAAAACUUGGGCCUAUCAUCGCCACACUUGGAAGCAUUUUCCACGGCGAAGGGUUCCGCGGCCACGAUAUUUUCUGUGAUCGAUCGCAUCCCGGAUAUCGAUGCACUCGGUGAUGCCGGGCUGCAACCGAGCACGGUGCACGGAAACAUCAAGUUUACGAACGUAUUCUUUCGCUAUCCGGCCCGAAAUGAUGUGCAGGUGCUGCAAGGACUCAAUCUGGACAUUCCGACGGGCCAAACCGUGGCACUCGUUGGCCCCUCCGGGUGCGGUAAAUCAACCUGCCUUCAGUUGAUCCAACGACUGUACGAUCCUUUGAGUGGUUCAGUGACGAUCGAUGGCACGAGAGUGAGCGAGCUAAACAUCGGCUGGCUUCGUUCGAUGAUCGGUCUGGUCGGUCAGGAACCGGUACUGUUUGCGACGACCAUUGCCGAUAACAUCCGGUACGGUAAUCCAAGUGCCAGCCAAAGCGAUAUCGAGCGAGCGGCCAAGAUUGCGAACUGUCACAGUUUCAUCAUGAAGCUCCCGAACGGAUACGGUACGAUGAUCGGUGAACGGGGAGCACAGCUGUCCGGGGGCCAGAAGCAACGGAUUGCCAUUGCCCGGGCGUUGGUACGCAACCCGAAGAUCCUCCUGCUCGACGAAGCGACCUCGGCCCUCGAUCCCAACUCGGAACGCCGUGUCCAGGAUGCGCUGGAGCGGGCGAGCAAGGGACGGACGACGCUCGUGGUUUCCCACCGACUGUCCACCAUCACGAACGCGGACAAGAUCGUGUACAUCGACAGGGGCAUCGUGAUGGAGCAAGGAACGCACGAUACACUGAUGGCCGCCCGGGGUCUCUACUACGAGCUGGUCGUGGCGAGUGGCUCGCAGAAAGCGGCGGAAGAUGAGGACACCAGUGGGGGGCCAGCGAAUGAUGGUUCUCCUUCGCAUUCGGUGGAGGACUCUUCCGACGACGAGUCGGACAGUGGCAAGUCGGAGGAGAAAUGCGAGGAAGAACAGGAGGAGGUGUACCCGGUGUCGUUGAUGCGACUGCUGAAGCUCAACUCGCCCGAGUGGCCCUACAUUCUGUUCGGGUGUGCCGCGGCCAUCGUGGUCGGUGCAUCCUUCCCGGCCUUUGCCGUCCUGUUCGGAGAAAUGUACGGGAUCCUGUCCGUGGCCGAUCCCGAGUACGUGAAGGAGGAGUCCAACUUUUACUCGCUGCUGUUUCUGAUGCUGGGCCUCAUCACCGGUCUGGGCACCUUCUUCCAGACGUAUCUGUUCAAUAUCGCCGGAGUGCGAUUAACGUCCCGUCUGCGACAGAAAUCGUUCAAGGCGAUCGUAAGCCAGGAGAUGGCCUGGUUCGACGAGAGCCGCAAUGCGGUCGGAGCACUGUGUGCCCGGCUUUCGGGCGACUGUGCCAGCAUUCAGGGAGCGACCGGCACAAGGAUCGGCUCACUGCUUCAGGCCGCCUCAACCAUCUGCAUCGGGGUGGGCAUCUCGUUCUUCUACUCCUGGAAUCUUACGCUCGUGUCGAUCGUUGCCAUCCCGGUGACGCUGGCCUCGAUCACGCUCGAGUCGCGCUACAUGGAGUCCAGUGGGCUGAAGGAAAAGCAAUCCACCGAGGGAGCAACGAAGCUGGCGGUGGAGGCCAUCUCCAACAUUCGCACCGUGGCCAGUCUGGGUCAGGAGAAGCACGUCCUCGAGCGAUACGCGCAGGAGACGAUUAAGAUUGAUCUCGCGUGCCGUAAGAAGACACGCCUGCGCGGGACCGUGUUUGCGCUCGGGCAGGUUAUGCCCUUCGCGGGAUACGGUUUGGCCCUGUUCUACGGUGGCAAGCUGGUGUCGGAGAAGGAACUCGAGUACAAGGAUGUGAUCAAGGUCUCGGAAGCGCUCAUCUUCGGAGCGUGGAUGUUGGGACAAGCGUUGGCCUAUGCACCCAACGUCAACUCGGCCAUCCUUUCCGCCGGCCGUCUGAUGAAGCUACUGGACCGUACACCGAGAAUGCACAAUCCGUCCUCCACGUAUCACUCACUGACGCAGGUUAGUUGUUGUCAGGGUGACAUAAAGUUCACUGACGUGGAGUUCCGCUACCCGACGAGGCCCACCGUCCCGGUGCUGCAAGGCUUGAAUCUCAACAUUGGCAAAGGACAAACGGUGGCCUUGGUAGGCCCGUCCGGAUGUGGCAAGUCCACCUGCAUACAGAUGCUGCUGCGCUACUACGACCCCGACAGUGGCAAAGUGGACAUCGACGGUAUCACGACGACCGAAUUUUCGCUCAACCGCAUCCGCUCGCAGAUGGGCCUGGUGUCCCAGGAGCCGGUCCUGUUCGAUCGGACGAUAGCGGAAAACAUUGCGUACGGUGACAACUCGCGCGACAUCCCGAUGCCCGAGGUGAUCGAGGCGGCGAAGAUGGCCAACAUUCACGAGUUCAUCGUUAACCUCCCGAAAGGCUACGACACCAGUCUCGGCACGAAGGGAGCGCAACUGUCCGGCGGGCAGAAGCAACGGAUCGCCAUCGCCCGGGCUUUGGUACGUAAUCCGCGAGUCCUGCUGCUGGACGAGGCCACGUCGGCGCUCGAUAAUCAGAGUGAAAAGAUCGUCCAGAGUGCGCUGGAUCAUGCGAGGACGGGACGGACGUGUGUGAUCAUCGCGCACCGGCUGACCACCAUCCAGAAUGCGGACCUGAUCUGUGUCAUCCAGAACGGCGUGGUGGUGGAGUCCGGCACGCACGACGAUCUGUUGGCGUUGAAUCGGAUCUACGCCAAACUGUACCAGAUGCAGCAGGUGGCGUAGGCCGAUUACGGAGCCCACCACCCCAUCGUGCUACGUUCCUAUCAAGUCUUUGAGUCUUUGGACUAUCUUUGGAUGUACAAAAAGGUCAGCCGCGGACUGGCGAUAUCCUAGAAGCGUAUACAGAGGAACAUCAAAGACUUACCAGACACACGCCAAGUGCCGUAUUUAAAGGGGAAGUGCAGUUUUAGUGCAGCUUAGUAGCAAAGUCUUUUAGCAAAUCUAGCGACCUAACGAGUGAACUGAAUGCUUCUUCAGCGCUAGCCAGCCAGCCGUUACUGUUGUAGGAGUUGUACUUCGCUCAAGAAGGCGCCAGUCCACGGCGGCACACACGUGAUACAUUAAGCGCCUCUCUAGGACGUAAUUACUAGUGAUAACGGGCGGGCCGGAGCAACAAUGGUCGUGCCUAUUUUGGAGGAAGCAGCUCGCCGGUGAAUCGGUAUCAAGCCAGCUUGAAUCACGUUUGAAUGAACGACUUGCGCAGAGAGUGACCAAUAUUGCACGAUACGCGCUUCCGCAAUCAGGCUUCGCGCUAAAUGGCCUUUGUAGAGUAGAGUAGCAAUAGUAGAUAAACUUAAAUCCUAGAUAAACCUAUCUAUUCGCACCUGGAAUCUGAGAUAACGAGCACUCACGGCCGGCAGAUGGCAACAAGAUGCUGUUUCGAGCCCGACCCCCGGCCGGCAAUUUGGUGGUUGGGCGCGUAUAUCUCCUAUGGACAACUCGUUGGGACUCGAGAGUACGUUAUUGUGUAUGUUUUGUCUGAUAAGAAAGAUGUGAUGAUAAGUGAAAUGAUUGAUCGAGCUCGAGUUUUUUUUCCCGUUCGUCGGUUGCUUCCUGGACUGCAGGAAAGCAUGGUCGGUUUUUAGUGUUAACAAUUCUUCUCACCACCUUUACGAGCGAUACG